AUGAACACUCUUCAUCCUCCCAAGCAGGACAUAGAAGAAGAAGAAGAAGAAGCGAGGCACGAAUGGGACUUUUCUCUCUCCACCGUCGUCUCUUCCUCCUCCUCCGCUUCCGACGUUAUCGGAGCUAUUGAGUUCGACCCGACUGAUAACAUCCUCGCCACCGCCGGAAUUUCAAGAAAGAUUCGUUUUUACGGCCUCCCUUCUCUCUUACAGACCGACGCUGGAAUCUCCGGCGUUUCCUUCGUCGAUCAAGCCACCGCCUGCGAGUAUUACAUCUGUACACCGGCAAAGCUUAGUAGCCUCCGAUGGAGACCCGGUUCGGGCGGUCGGGUUAUCGGGUCAGGGGAUUACGACGGCGUCGUAACUGAGUACGAUCUCGAGAAGAGAACGCCGGUUUUCGAGCGGGACGAGCACGGCGGCCGUCGCGUAUGGAGCGUGGAUUACACGCGUCACGGUGGCGCCGCCUCUUUAGGAGCGUCGGGAUCGGACGACGGGACUAUGCAGGUGUGGGACCCGAGAUGUCCGCCGGAGGAAUCUGUCGGCGUGGUACGACCGGCGGGACUUUGUCGGAGCGCAGUUUGCUGCGUUGAGUUCGAUCCUUCCGGCGGACAUUCGGUGGCCGUCGGAUGCGCUGAUCGGAGAGGGUAUGUGUACGAUAUGAGGAAACUCGUUGACCCGGCGUUGACUUUACAAGGUCACAGUAAAACGGUGUCGUAUGUGAGGUUCCUCGACGGCGGGACGGUGGUGACGGCAGGGACGGAUGGGUGUUUGAAGCUGUGGAGCGCCGAGGACGGGCGUGUGAUUCGCACGUACGAAGGGCACGUGAAUAAUCGGAACUUCGUGGGGUUAUCAGUGUGGAGAAACGGCGCGCUGUUUGGAUGUGGAUCGGAGAACAACAGGGUGUUCGUGUACGAUAGGAGGUGGAGGAAGCCGGUUUGGGUAGACGGGUUUGAACCGGUUGGUAUGACGUCUGGUUUGGAUAAGCGGUUCGUGAGUAGCGUUUGUUGGAGGCAAUCAGGUGUGGACCAGUGCACGCUAGUGGCUGGGGGAUCUGAUGGAGUAUUGCAGGUUUACGUGGGCAAAAGAAAACCAUAG